CUGCACGUUGGCCAGCGUGUGUGGGAGCGAGCACAGACGCCGGCAGCGAAGCUAGCAGCGAAGUCGGCGCCGACAGCGACGUUCAAAGCGACGCUUUUGCUGGCGUGCAAUUCGCUUUUCAAUUUCAGUUCGUUUUCGAACGCCGCACCGAACGCUCCAGCGCUCAAAAAACACACAUAAAAGCAAAUCCACUAAAAAACACAUAUAUAUAUAUAUGUAUAUAUAUAUGUGUGCAGAUAUCUGAACCCUAAGUGCGUGAGUGAACUUUUUUUCCUGUGUAUGCGUGUGCGUGUGUCUCUGCCAGUCGCCAUGAAAGUGUGCAAUAAAUAGAAACUUGGGAAACCCAACUUUUCACUCAACGAAAACCAAAAACGAAAUCAAAAACGAAAACGAAAACGAAAAACAAACUAAGAACCCAAACGAUAAGUUCAAAGUGCUAAAGUACCGACGGCAAAAAUGCAGGCCACCAAGAUGCGAACGCCCUUUGCCAUUCAGGAGAUCUUGGGCCUGGGCGCCUAUCAGCAGCAGAAUAGUGCCAGUGCCACGCCCUCGGAGGCGCCUCCCUCGCCGGCUGCCACUCCACCGCCCACCGCGAAUACGCCCGCCAAUGGCUCGCUAUCCGCCGGACAACAACAGCAGCAGCAGCAACAACAACAACAGCAGCUCCAGCAGCAGCAGCAACAACAACAACAACAGCAGCAGCAACAGCAGGCUUUGGACAAUCUCCGGGACUCUCGUUCCAUAUCGCCCGAUGUCUCCAGAUUGUCAGCAGCUGCAGCCGCUGCAGCAGCGGCGGCCGCCCACUGCCAAUUGCCCGUCUUCAAUCCGGCCAACUUCUAUGCCGCCGCCGGCUAUGCUGCUGCAGCGGAUCCUGGGAAUGCGGCUGCAGCCCAUCACCAUCAUAUGACCACCCUGGCGGCGGCCGCCUAUCUCCGGGGAUUCCUGCCGCCCGGCUUCAGUACACCACACGAGUUCCGUGGCCACUUCCAGCAACACUUUGGCGCCCAGUUUGCAGAACAAGCUGUCGCCCGUGGUCAGGAGUACGCCAGCAGCCUGGCCAAUGCCAGUGGUGAUGAGCAGUCGCCCAGUAAGAACAGCAGUUCUUCGGGCAAUGGCUCUGGAGGGUCGGGAUCUGGCUCGGGAGGAUCGGGAUCGGGAGGCGCUAACCAGAUCUCCAAUGGCUUGGGUCAUUUGGGCUCGCCAACGGCCAGUAAUGGUGGUUCCGGUGGUGGAGCUGGAGUCAGUGGAUCCGGGGAGUCAUCUGGAACUUCCGGCAGCGGAUCCUCCACAUCAACUGGCAAUGCCGGAAGCUCUGGCAACCGCUCGUCGCCCGCUGGUUCACAUCACUCGGCCGCUCUGGCCGCCCAUCAACAUGCAGCGGCUGCUGCGGCCGCCGCUCAUCAUCAUGCCGCUGCCGCCGCCGCCGCCCAUCACGCACACCACGCCCACGCCCAGGCACACGCCCAUGCCCAUGUCCACGCCCAUGCCGCUCAUGCAGCCCAUGCCGCCCAUGCCCAUGCACACGCCCAUCAUGCCGAAGCGUUUCUGGGAGCCGCCGGCGGAGCUGGUGGUAAUCCCAAUAGCUUGCUGGCCGCCCAUGGUGCUGAUGUUCUGGUGGGACCUGGCGGUACAGGUCCUGGCGGUAAGAAGAAAAACAAGCGACGACAUGGCAGGACGAUCUUCACCAGCAGCCAGCUGGAGGAGCUGGAGAAGGCCUUCAAGGAGGCCCACUAUCCGGACGUCAGUGCCCGGGAGCUGCUGUCCAUGAAAACUGGCCUGGCCGAGGAUCGCAUUCAGGUUUGGUACCAGAAUCGACGGGCCAAGUGGCGCAAGACGGAGAAGUGCUGGGGUCACAGCACGAAAAUGGCGGAGUACGGACUGUAUGGAGCUAUGGUGAGGCACUCGCUACCCCUGCCGGAGACCAUCAUCAAGUCGGCCAAAGAGGACGAAUCUGUGGCACCAUGGCUGCUGGGCAUGCACAAGAAGUCCCUGGAGGCCGCUGAGCUGCUCAAGAGCGACGAAAGUGACCGGGAGACGCCGACCUCGGAUGACACAAACACCAGCUACUCCGCCGGCAGCACCCACAACUCACCGAUCUCCAGUUUCUCGAUCUCGCGCCUACUCUUCGACGCUCCACCGCCGGCGGCGGGUUCCGCUGGAGGAAAGGGUCAUCACCAUCACCACCACCACAAGGGGCAUCAUCAUGCCCAUGUUCAUGCCCAGGCGCAGGCGCACGCCCACAUGCUGUUGCAUCACCAGCAGCACCACUUGCACGGCGGCGAGGCCUCCUUGCAGCAGCAGCAAGUGACCGGUUCGGGAUCUGGAGCAGGAUCAACUGGGCCGCCGGCCCAUCACCCUUACAACCAGCAGCAGCACCUACACCAUCUGCAGCAACUGCAGCAGCAGCAACAACAGCAGCAACAGGCUCAGCAACAGCACCACCACCACCAGCACCAUCAGGUCCAUCACAUGCACCAUCACAAUGCCGCAGGCUAUGCCGAGGCCGCCGUAGCUGCUGCCGCAGCCGCAGCUGCCGUUGCUGCAGCAGCAAAUGCGAGGAAUGCAGCAGCCGCUGCAGCUGUGGCCGUUGCCUCCGCAUCGUCAGCCGUGACCAUUGCCGAAUCGGAGGCGGAGGAGGAACAGGACGAUAUCGAGGACAUGGAUUUGGACAAGGACUGUGAGGUGGAAGAGGAGGUAGAGCCAGUGGACAAUGACAACGAAGGUGAUCCGGAUGCGGAUCCCGAGAUCGAUAUUUGCGACGACCAUGACGAGGAGGUGCGUCUGCAGGAGCAGCUCCUGCUGAAAGUCAAGCAGGAGCAGGCCCAUCACGGACCCAGAUGAAACAUGCACAUCGAUGUGUUGUUCUAAGGACAACGAUAAAUCUACAGGACAUCCGGCUAAAUGCAAUGAACCAUUUCUAAGCACACACCAAUGAGCUUUUUACACUGGGUGUGGGGUAUGGGGUGUGGGGUGUGGAUAGUGGGCUGUAGGUUGGAGGGUGUAAGGUGGUGUAUUCAUAAGGUUUUCCAAACAAGAUUAUUUAACUAGUUUCUUGGUCUUUGAAUGCAAAUACACCCGGGAUGAUGCAGCCCAGUAUAAAGAUCUUAUUAAUUAAUGGCAUUACAUUCAUAACAAAAAGAGAAAUCAGAAACGGAAACGGAAACGGAAACGGAAAACCUAAACUUAAACUUAAACUUAAAGCCAACAAACAAAAACAUUUUUUUUCAUACACCUAAGAAGCACACGUAAUUAAUCUAUAUAAUAAUAAUAACAUAUAUUCUCUAAUUUUUUUUAGUGUAAAUAUUAAAUUAUUACAAAUAUAAAUGAAACAAAGAACGAAAAAGGAAACACAAGACAUUAGCGCGUAAAAACAGCUGCAACGACUUGCAAAAUUUUUAAAAUAUGCUAAAUGUGAUUUAAUUUAGUUGUCCAUUCUAAAAACAAGGCUUUUUAUGGUUUAAGACCCUUUUUUUUUGCCACGUAAAUUUAGUAAGUUUUUUUUUUUUGUUUUUUUUUAAAUAAUUGCAUUUUUCUUCUUGUAAAAAAUGUACAUACCAAAUCAAAAUUCAAAAAAAUAUAUAUAUAUCGCGAGAUAAAACCUAAACCAGUCCACUGCCUCUCCUAUGAUUUUUCCCAUUUUCUUCUGUCUUAAUAUUUGAAAAUUGUCUGGAACAAGAACAAAGAUAAAAGUAAAAGUAACUGCAAUCUGUGUAAUUAAUUAAACAAGAAACAAGAAAGCAAACGAAUACACAUACAAUACACACUUAUACUUAUAUAUGAAAGUUAGAUGAAAUAAAAUGGAUGAUAUAUAAAUAUGAAACUUGGUCUUCUU